AUGGAGAACGAGGAAGCCUUUGAGGCUGAUGCACAGCUGCUCACCAGAGCUGUCUCGUCAAAUUCUGGUGUUCGAACCAUUUCAGGUGAUAGUAUCAAGGACACAGUCCGAUUGCGUGUCCACGAAACAACGCCGUUACUAGCAGGCCAUGGAAAUGCGGAAGGCUCGGAGCAGAACGCAGCUGGCCAGAGGGCCGGCUGCUGGAGUUUCUUCAGACGACCUCAUGUCUUUUGGUUGUUUCCGUUUCUGCUUCUCUAUAUGCUAGGGUUUGCUGGUGUUGUCGUCCCCAAGAUCAAUCUGAUUCUCUCUCUCGUUUGCAGGGACUAUCUUUCCAAGAAGGCUUCACAGGAUCCUAACUUUACGUAUCUGCCGGUCAUCAUUGGGGAAGACAACCCCCAGUGCCAGGUGCCUGAGGUGCAAUCUCUCGUGGCUCAAUUCCAACUCUACCUCAAUUUGAUUGCAGGAAUCCUAUCCGCAUUGGUCAGUCCGCGGCUCGGUCAUGUGUCAGACCGUUAUGGCAGGACAAAGUUGAUCGCUUUGAGCUCGCUGGGAGCUGUGCUUGGUGAAACACUCACAGUCCUUGUAGCAGCCAGGCCAGAGCAAUUUUCCAUCAACCUGCUCUUAGUAGGAGCUCUACUGGACGGCAUUGGAGGCUCAUUUACCACGAUUUUGGCGCUUGCUACCUCUUAUGCUUCUGAUUGUACUGCCCCAGAAAAACGUAGCGUGGCGUUUGGAUAUCUCCACGGCGCUCUCUUCGUUGGAUUGGCGUGUGGGCCACUCAUUGCAGCGGUCGUCCUGAAGAAGACCGGGGAGAUAAUACACAUUUUCGCUGCUGGCUUGGCUUUCCAUGCGCUAUUCUUCUUCAUGGUUCUGCUCGUCAUUCCAGAAUCGCUGUCAAAGGAGCAACAGCAAGCUGCGAGAGAGAAACACCGGAGGAGGUUCACUCAAAAGGAAACUGCUGGCUGGUUUUCUCCUUCUUGGUUACAGCAUCUGAACCCAAAGAACCUCAUCACACCACUCUCCAUUUUGUGUCCGCCUGUUGGACGCCCCAGCUCUCUUUUUCCGAACCGCAAGGGCGCAAGCCCUGCCCUGCGAAGAAACAUCAUACUUCUUGCUGCCAUCGAUACAGUCGUAUUCGCUGUUGCCUUAGGCACGGCCCAGCUUGUGAUCAUUUAUGCUGAAUUCAUGUUUGGAUGGGGAAAUGUCGAAUCCAGCAUCUUCAUCUCGAUCGUCAGCACUGUGCGCGUGCUCGUUCUUUUCUUGGUGCAUCCUAUCGUCACACGCAUCUUCCACAAGCGUACCGCCGAACAGCGCGCUAUCCCCGGGUCCAAUAGGGUGGAGCUUGUGGUUAUACAGAUAUCCAUCUUUUUCGAUUUUCUUGGCUAUGUGGGAUAUACGCUUGUACGAAGCAGUGCGCUCAUGACUCUUUCGGGCAUUGUCGCCGCUCUAGGAAGCCUAGCUACGCCUACGCUGCAAUCAUCAUUGACGAAACACGUGCCCCGUGAGCGAGUCGGGCAAAUACUCGGUGCUAAAGGGCUCUUGCAUGCUCUGGCUCGAGUGAUCGCGCCUACUUUAUGCAAUCUCGUCUACAGCCUGACAGUGGGCAAAUUUACUCAAACAGUCUUCGUUUCUCUGGCAGCUGUGUUUUUCUUGGCGAUCUGCAGUAGCUUCUAUAUAACACCAAAUGUAUCCAUUGACGAGUCUCGGCCAGGCAGUCCUCUACAUGAGGCAAACGAAGACGGAGAAUUGGAUGAGGACACUCUCUUACGGUCUUAG